AUGCCAUCAUCGCAGCUGGCAGACCACAAGACAUACGAAUUAUAUUGGACUUUGAGAAAGCCGCGCCAGGGGGUGCUUCCCAAGCGCAUCACUAGAGGGGUGAGCUUUCCACGCGCAUGGAAUGAACAAAGAGAUGAUCCUGGGUUGCUCCCGCAGGGCUCAUUUUCUCGAGCCACACCAUAUAUCCAACCGAGCCCGCGUCCCUGCGCAUUUCAGCCACCAUGUUCCCCUAGCGGGCAUGGCGCGUAUGGGUUGUGCGCACAGUUUCUCGACUACCUUCAGCACAACUGGUACGGGGGGCCUUUCAGGGACAUAUGGAACAAAUGGAACAAGCAAAGUCUCCGCACCACUAAUGUAGCCAAAACCUUCAACAGGAACAUGGAAGCAGGCGAUGCCAUGGAGGGACGGACGAUGGUGCGGUAG